UUCUCGUUAGUAUUCCAUUGCUAGUGAUCAUGCAGGUCAGUUGUUGACGCGUAACCAUGAAGUCCGGCAUUACGUUAACAAUUCUAACACUAAUAAUUCUAAGGUUUCGCCAAAUAGUGGGGAUAACAGCAACAACUAGUACCGAACGCAUUGCAGUUGCUGGUUAUGGCAGUGAGAUUCACAAUAUCACCACCCCAGAUGGCUAUGUGGUAAGCCUGUUUCGCUUGAAAAACUCCACACAAGGUCCUACUGCCUCAUCGUCUGCACCUGUGGUUCUCCUAAUGCAUGGUUUGCUAUGUUCCUCUGAUCUUUGGAUUCUAAAGGGUCUAAAAAGUCACCUGGCCUAUGAUUUGAUGGAUAAAGGCUAUGAUGUCUGGCUGGGCAAUUGUCGUGGCAAUACCUAUGGCCAAAAUCAUGUCUCCUUAACGGCCAGUGAUCGUUUGUUUUGGAGAUUUUCCUGGCAUGAGAUUGCCUUAAACGAUUUACCCUCCACCAUAGAUUACAUACUCAAGGAAACCGGUCAAGCCUCUUUGCAUUAUGUGGGUCAUUCGCAAGGUUGCACCAUUUUGUUUGUAUUGCUCUCCAUGCGGCCGGAAUAUAAUCAAAAACUGAGAACUGCCCAUAUGUUGGCCCCUGUGGCCUAUAUGAAAAAUGUUCGCUCGUUGCUAUUCAAUGCCUUGAAGCUGUUUCUGGGCAACUAUUCACCUUUGAGCGCACUGAUAGGUGAUACCGCUUUGUUGCAGCAACCCAUCUUGCAGUACAUGUUUGGCAUUUAUCAAUGUCGCCGCCAGCAAUUGCCCUUGGAGACCUGUGCCUCUAUAUACUAUUUUAUAUUUGGAGGAAGAUCUGCAUAUUUUAGAGAUUCUGCCUUGCAAGAUGCCUAUGACUCCAGCCCAGCACCUGCUUCCUCUCAUCAGAUCAUACACUAUCUCCAGCUUAUAGCCUCAGGCUAUUUCCGCCAGUAUGAUUAUGGCCCCGAAGGCAAUAUGCAGCAAUACAAUCAAUCAUCACCUCCCGAAUAUAAGGUGGCAAAUAUAAAAACCCGCUUUCCUUUACAUCUGUACUACAGUGAUUACGAUGAAUUGUCCACCAAAACGGAUGUGGAGAAAUUCAGUCGAAUUUUGGGCGGCCAUAAGACUGUUAGUCAUUUUAUACCUUUAAAGAAUUUCGCUCACAUAGAUUUUAUAUGGGCCUAUAAUGUCGGAGAAGUCAUCAAUGAACCCAUAUUGAAAAUAAUGAAUGAGGCUGAGGAAAUUUUGAAGAGGGAACCCUGAUGCAUCAUAUCAGGUGUAGAAUGGUUUCUUUAGGUACUAAAUUUUUUGAAAUUUCUUUUGUACUAAUGUAACCCCAGUUAGUUUAAGGUAUAAUUUUAGAACCUUGCACUUCAUAGUUUUAAGGGUUAACGGUCGGUAGAUCCUCUAAAGCUCAAUAAUAUGAUUUAACGGCCGUAAACUACCUUUAGUAUGUAAAUAAGGUGUUCUUUACAGUCAAUUUUUUCUGAUAGAUAUUAAAAUAUUUUUUAAAUA